UAGCACUAGCUAUAGCGCAGAACGCUGCGUGCUCGUAUCCUCUGGUGGCACCACAGUGAGCUCGCCGACGCGGGUUCGAGUUGAACUCCACAGCCGCUGCCGCUGCCGCCGCCACCGCUGCUGAGCCAACAACAGGGUUACCGGGUCACGGCGGUGGUGUAGUAAUAUACGGGUUUUUCCCCCAUGAUCAUGACGAUUUAGCUGAAUGAAAAAUUGCCCGGCCGAACGAAAUAAUUGUUAUUAUGUCGAUAAUAUUGUAAAAGUUGUUCUUGUUGGAAAAAUACUAAAUCCUUAUUGCGUUUGCACUUGAACGGGUUUCCACCAAACAGUCGUCCGAGAAAAGGUACGGGGUUUCACUUCAAGUUCACUGUCACGGCAUUAUUAGGUGAUGGACGGCAACACGGAUAUCCGCCGAAAAGUCUGACGAGAAAUGACGGGAUCUGUUGAAAUCAGCAUCGCCCACUUUAGUAAGCGGACUAAAGACUACCUUGUGAUGAAGGUCGAGAACGAUGUACCGACUAUAUUCAACCCUCGGAAGCCCAGACUGUCGCAAAGCAAUGCCGUAUUAACCUCGGACCAUCGGACCAUCGGUCCGUUCUCCCAUGUCCUGUCCCGGAGCGAAUCCCUAUGCCAGCAAGAAGACGUCGAACAAAUCGAGCAGUGUCAGCGGCGACAAGUAGGCGUGUUUAAGAGGAUUAAAACCACAUGUUGUUCGCAGUCGGCGAAAAAGGUGUACUAUGGAAUGUUCGUGAUGGUUUGCGUGACCUUCUCUUGGGCGGGAGCCACGCACGCCAUCAAGUAUCUGUACAUGUACCAUCCGACCAAGUACCCUGUGCUCAGCGGUUCAGGAUUCAACUUCUCGUCGAUUCACCAGCAAACGUUGAUGACGUACAACGCGCCUUUCUUCACCACGUGGUUUUGCACCAACUGGACAGUGCUGUUCUUUCCGCUAUACUUUUUGUGCCAGCUGGGCAGUCCCAAUCACCAGUCGCCCACCGACAUCCUAGGGGAGAGCGUAAGGAAUUUCCGUGAUCGCGGUUUCACCGCUGCACACUUCUUGACCAGGUGCUGGUUGUUUUGCAUGCUCUGGGUGUUUACCAAUUAUCUGUACAUACACGCGCUCAGCAUACUCGUGGCAACCGACGCGUUAGCACUGUUCGCCACCAACGUGUGCUGCGUGUACCUGUUGUCGUGGGUCAUUCUCCACGAUCAGUUUGUCGGGGUCCGGAUCGUAGCUGUGAUACUGUGCAACACGGGCAUCGCAUUGUUGGCUUACAUGGACGCCGGAAUAGUGCACAAAAAGAAAACCUUGACGGGGGUCAUGUUAGCCGCAACGGCGGCUGCCGGUUCGGCCGUAUAUAAAGUAAUGUUCAAAAAAAUGAUUGGCGACGCUACUUACGGACAAGUGUCACUGUUCUUCUCGCUAAUAGGUCUGCUGAACGCCGCGCUCUUGUGGCCCGUUUGUCUGGUGUUGUACUUCUCCGAGAUCGAAAUACUCCACUGGGACCGGUUGCCCUGGUUCAUACUUUUAUCGGCCAGCACGCUGUCAUUAGUGGCCAACCUGUUGGGCAAUUUGAGCAUAGCGUUUACUUAUGAAGUAUUCAUCACGUUUGGUAUCAUCGCCGCCGUGCCAGUAUCUGCAGCCAUUGACAUAACAAUGCACGACCUACAGUUUUACGGUAUGAAACUGGCGGGAAUCAUAUUGAUAUCGAUCGGAUUCCUAUUGGUCAUGUUCCCUAACGACUGGCCGGAAUACAUUUUCCGCAUAUUCAGGAAUCUAGUACUACUGAGUCAUAGCGCUAGGUGGAGCCGGAAAAACCGAGGACUACUACCGAAUCCGCCAAAGGUGGAAAUCGACUACCGGACCGGAUAUAUUAGGUCACACUUACGUUCGCCUUCCGGUCGUGUCAGGUGACCAGUUUUGGCGACGAUGGCGAAAUUCUACCAAUUUUUCUAAAAUAAUUAUAAUAUAUUCACAAUCAAAUGUUUACCAAACGAUCUCUGGGCAGUGGAGUCCCAGAUAGACCCUUGUCCAUUUAAUAAACAUUUUUUCUUUGGUGUCCAUUUCUUUUUUGCUAGGUGUAUUACAGCAACUAGUUGUUUUUAACUUUUAUUUCCCGUCCACAUUAUACGGAGGGACACGUGUAAAAUACAUAUCUGUCGCCGUCGGACAUUAUACCGUAUACGGUUAUAGAUUAUAUAAUAUUAAAUACUAUGUAAAAAAUCGGUUAACUGUAUUAUUUUUUCCUCAUGCAAUUAUACUGUAAUAUAUAUUGCAUAUUAUUAUAUAUAAUAUACUUUUAUGAAUUCCUUCUUUGUUAAAUAAAAACUGCCUAUUGUAUUUGUGUAAUAUAGAUAAUACAAU